AUGACUAUAUUUGUUGUUUAUCUUCGAGAAGUAUACCGGCCGGAAAACUCGAUCGCUAAGAUCCAACGAUUGAAGGAUAAGGCUGAGGCCAAGGCCGCUGGCAAGGAGGAACCUCCGGCAAAAAAAACCAACCGCCUGCGGCAGGGCGCCAACACCGUCGUCAAACUAGUCGAGCAGAAGAAGGCUCAGCUGGUGAUGAUCGUUCACGAUGCUGACCGGCUCUGUGCCGAAAGAUGGGUAUUCAGUUCUGCAUCAUCAAGGACAAGUUCCGACUGGGAACGUUGGUGUUCCAUCAAGAUCUGCACCUGUGUUGCUCUGACCCAAGUGGACAACUCCGACCGUGCCAAUCUGUCCAAGCUGGUUUAA